AUGGCAAAGCCCCGACUUAGGCUCUCCUCGAGCCCAAACUACCGCAAUUUUAACCAGUGUCCACAACGAUGUGCCGAUGCGGGUCCCAACACUGGCAACUGGUCGGCGUACCCCAGCUUCAAGAGUGUUAGCCGAUGUGAACAGACUAUGUUCUUCGACUUUUCCCUCUACGACCCGGUUGACGACCCAAGCCGCAACCACAACCUCUUCGCCUGUUCAUCUUUCGGUCCUGAUUUUGACAAGCUUCCUGCUACUGCAGCCAAAUCCACUGGUGUGGAAAACCCUGUCGAUGUUCACUUCGAGAUCGGCUAUUGGAAUGAGGGUUUUGGUCUUGCGGUAUCUAGCGUCCGCUCGCUGAUUAAGCAGAUGCGCGCGUAUGCCGAACGCGGACAUGGCGCUACAGAGUCACCCUUCAUGAUGUUCGGUCGCAUCGGCCAAGCUUCAGUUGGUCUCUACAUUGGUGAAGGUCUGCAGAACCAGGGACUUGUCGAUGGCAUGAAAAUGUUCGAGGACAGGCUCCAGGACCUGAACUUCUCGACUCCAAGCUUGGCCAUGCAACUGUGUGGGCCAGAGUACGACAGCACACACACCUUCGGAUUGAUGAUCACCAGCAACGGCACAUUUGCCCCUAUCCAGGAUGCUUUGAAGGCGUGGGACAAGUCACAGUGUCUGUCAUUUGAACACUCGUCCAGGGUCUCUGGUCAGGCUACAUUCACCACGCCUUUGAUCUCGUUGAAUGGAACUGCCAACUCGACUAUAGCGAAAAUCAACGAACAUCGAGGUAACAUCCUCCACGCUCGGCAUAGCACCAUCUAUGCUCGGCAUCACGCACUCCACGCUCGUACAGAGUGUGGCAAGACCGUUCAGGUCGGUGAUGGCGACAGCUGCGGAACCCUCGCUACUAAGUGUGGCCUCCCCCCAGCCGCAUUCUCCAAGAUCCAUCCCGAAGCCGACUUCUGUUCGAAGUUAAUGCCAAAGCAGCACGUCUGCUGCACUGCCGGAACACUGCCUGAUUUUUCUCCAAAGCCCAACAGCGAUGGAUCCUGCAACACGUAUACGGUGAAGGCCAACGACAACUGCGACAGCAUUAGUGCAGAGUACAGCCUAUCUCGGGAGAAGCUCAACACUUACAACAAGAAUACUUGGGGUUGGAACGGCUGUUCGCUGGAGAUGUACCUCUUUCCUAACCAGAAGAUCUGCUUGAGCACCGGUAGUCCGCCUUUCCCUGACGAGAUCGCCAACGCACAAUGCGGCCCUCAGAAACCAGGUACCCAGCCUCCCAUGGCCGGCACAAACAUUACCGAGAUGAACCCAUGCCCGUUGAAUGCUUGCUGCAACAUCUGGGGCCAAUGCGGUCUCACGAAGGACUACUGCGUUGAUACCAAUACUGGCUCUCCUGGCACAGCCAAGAAGGACACCUUUGGUUGUAUCUCGAAUUGCGGCAUGGACAUCAUCAAGGGCGAUGGAACUGGCGCCAUCAAGGUCGCUUACUUCGAGGGCUACGGUUUUGGCCGUAAGUGUUUGUUCCAGGACGCAUCCCAGGUCGACACUUCACUAUACACCAAUCUUCACUUCGGUUUCGGCACCUUGACGGCCAACUACGAGGUUGGUACCGGCGAUGCUCUGUCCACUUACCAAUUCGGCGAAUUCUCACGUCUCACUGGCGUGAAGAAGAUCUUGUCCUUUGGUGGAUGGGAUUUCUCCACAAUGCCAGCAACGUACAUGAUUUUCCGUGAGGGCGUCACACCUGCCAACCGCCUCAAGAUGGCUACGAGCAUCGCCGACUUCAUCAAGAAGCACAAUCUGAAUGGCGUUGACAUUGACUGGGAGUAUCCCGGAGCGCCCGAUAUCCCUGGCAUCCCAGCAGGUGGCAAGGACGAUGGCAAGAACUACCUCGCGUUUUUGGCCACUUUGAAGAACCUGCUUCCAGGUAAAUCCGUUUCUAUUGCUGCACCUGCGUCUUACUGGUAUCUCAAGCAGUUUCCGAUCAAGGAAAUCAGUAAGGUUGUCAACUACAUUGUUUUCAUGACCUACGAUCUACACGGUCAAUGGGAUGCUACCAAUGCAUUCUCGCAGGAAGGAUGUGACAACGGUAGCUGCCUGCGCAGUCAGGUCAACUUGACAGAGACCAAGCUAUCCUUAGCCAUGAUCACUAAGGCAGGCGUACCCGGGAGGAAAGUCAUCGUGGGAGUUACGAUCUAUGGGCGAUCCUACAAGAUGGCGCAAGCGGGAUGCUCAGAUCCGAGCUGUCAAUACACCGGCGACUCUUCGACUUCAUACGCCGCGAAAGGUCCCUGCACCGACACCGCUGGGUACAUUUCCAACGCAGAGAUUGGUGAAAUCAUGUCAUCCAAGAAACGUUCCAUCACGAAGAGCUUUGUUGAUGCGAGCAGCAACAGCGAUAUCCUGGUAUAUGACGACACCGAAUGGGUUUCUUACAUGAGCGACAAGACCAAGCAGAGCCGUUCGACUCUUUACAAGGCCUGGGGUAUGGGAGGUACUACCGAUUGGGCAAGCGAUCUACAGGAGUACCACGACGUUCCCGCACCAGCAUCGAGCUGGGCCCAGUUCAAACUACUUGCAGCCAGCGGGUCAGAUCCCAAGACCGACCACUCUCGAAACGGUAACUGGACCAGCCACCAUUGCCAAGACGACUUGAUUGUUUAUCCGCUGGACUCCACUCCUGCGGAGAAGUGGCAGGGGCUCGAUGCUGAUGGUGCCUGGAGCGAUAUUGUCCGGAUCUGGAAAGAUACUGAUGCGAAGCGACGGCCAAGUGUGAGCUUCACGGCGUCCGUCGGACAGACGAUCCACGUAGGUACGAACGCAGACUGCGCCAGCAUGCUGGCGAACUCGAACUGCGAGCAAGCCAAGGACUGCGACGGAGGUUUCAAUGCUGAGGAUUCUGGAGCCGCAGGCGAGUUGAUUUGGGACUCCAUGGUGUUCAUCCAUCAGCUACACAAGGACUACUCUGACACGCUUUUCAAAGCGGCGUCGACGUUGAGCACCAUGCUUGACAAAUUCGAAGACACGUUUGCGCCGGUACCUCCUGCGCCCGAUACCAUGUGGAUUGACUUCAUGAUCGACCUCAUCACUCUUGGAACCGUUUCGGCCUGGGGUACCUUCAUCCAGAGAGCAAUCAAGGACGCGAAGCUGCUUGAGGGGCAAGCACACGAUGAUGUCAAGGAGGUGGUGAAGAAUACACUCUCCAUGAGUGGAACUAUUACCAAGGAUCUUUUGCCUCUUUCCGAGAAGGACAGCCAAUGGACACCGGAAAAGCAGAAGACGUUCACGGCUUAUAUGGGCGAGGUCAUUAAUAUCUGGGGCAAUGUUACGUCGUUAUCCCUCAACGCCACCUUUGAUGGCUCAGACAACAGUAUCACGCGUCUUGGUGAUAUGAUGUCUGGAGGCAAGCUGGUGGGUUCAGCUCUCGCAGUGAGUGAUGGAAAUGAAGCAGAUCUCCGAACCAAUGUGCUAAAGACGGUCUUUGGAUUCGGUAUCCCAGCCUUGUGGUCUUACUCCAACACCCACGCUUUCGUCAUCGACUCCGGCUACGGCUGCGACGAGGCCAAGGAGAAGCUUUCGAAAUAUCUCGACGCGGAUACCGCGGAUAGCAGUGGCGUCUGCAUCGACGGCAGGAUGUACUACCUAAGCCGCGCAGAAGGCAAAUCCACAGAAUGCAAAUGCGAAAUCACCGGCGAUCACGGGCCCUGCCAGAACACCUGCCACGACAAGAAGUUCACCGCGCCUCCGGGUGUCGAAGAGCUCGAUGGCGAACAGUUUGGCGGCAUCAAGCUUGAGGAUCUUGUGAGGGGCUCAGUCAACACCUACAACAACUACGGCGGCAAGAACGGCGCCGGCGCCCCAAACGUCGACGACGAUGGUACAUUCGACCUCCUCCUCCAGGCUGACGUAACUACCCCCGGCAUGGUCCGUCUUUCCGUCUGCUCCCCAGAGCGCGCCUUCCAAGCCUGGGGCGCCCAGGACACGACCAACGUCCUCUACCCAUGCAACGACGUACCAGGCAAAAGCCACUGCGGCGAGUCGACCUUCGAGGACCAGACCAGCGACGCGUCGCCCAGCGUUGACGACUGCCGCCAGAUCAUCAAGAACAUCCAGGGCGACACGACGACCGAGUGGUCCGACACGCAGGUCAUUGGGCACAGGCAGCGCGAGAUUGCCAAAUUUGGAAGCUGCAGCUUUGGCGUCGAGGCUAGUAAGACGAACGGAAAUGUCAAUUUCCAGGUCGGCGGGCAGGAUGUUAUUGAUCUCAUUAACAAUGCUGUUGACAAAUUUGGAGGCGGGGGGAAGAUCGGUGCGCAGGGGCAUAUGUCGUGCAAUGGCAACGUCCACGGGCAGGACGUUACGUGGGGAAUCUACUAG